AUGAAUAUUUUCCGUAUUUGGCUAGUUAUAGGUUUUACCGUUUGUUUGACUCUACGUUUAGUGUUGUAUCGAACUCCAUGCAGUUAUCAUGACAUCCCUGAUGUACCUCGCUAUUUUAAAAUCCCAGUUGUUUUGUUUCACCCAAGUACUUUUCGUAAGAGUUUCGUGUGUAAUUACAAUAAGAAAUAUUUGGAAUACCCUUGGAUAAAUAAUCGAUUACAUCCAGCUAAAAGGCUAAAGCCUUAUUGCUCACAAAUUCCGAGUCCAACCAGUAGUUGGCAGAAAGCAGAAAACUACCAAGAAAAUGACAUCGCAUUUAUCAUAUACACCGGCGCUUCUUUCUAUACGACACGUGCUACAAGCGUGCGGGAGACUUGGAUAUCACGGGUGACAAAUUACUAUUUUCUCGCCUCGAAGCCUUAUCCAAGCCUACCAAUCACUAUUAUAAAAAAUACUGGUGAGGAUUAUCAAUCAAACACGAAAAAGAUCUUCUAUGGACUCGAAUCAAUAUUCAGACAACAAAAAGCAAUUCAUCCAUCUAAACGUCACAAAUGGUACUUUUUAGUUGGCUGUGACACUUAUGUAAAUGUACCACAUCUUCUCAAGCAACUCGAUCCUUAUAAUUUUACAGCGCCGUAUUUUAUUGGAGGUUCUGUUGGUGAAGCUAUGUGUUUCCACAAGAAUGGGGCUGGUUUCAAAAGUACUUUUGUUGGUGGAAAUACGGCACAUAUAUUAAGUGCAGCGCUUGUUGAAGCUGUGCAUCCUCAUUUAUCCGUUUAUAUCGAAUCGACCUGGCCUAAGCCUAAUCAUUCAUCCUCUGGACUGUCUGAUGUUGCCUUGUCUUGUCUCAUCUUGAACUUGGGAUUUAACAUAACGAUAUUGCCAGGAUUUUGGAGGCGCACCCCUCAGGGAAUCAAUGAGGAGUUUGGCUUAAAAGAAAUUAUGAAAGUUCUGGAACCAAGCUCUUGGCAUUAUAUACAUCCUGCACUAAUGAUUGAUUUGGAUGAAUUUUAUACAUACCAAUAUGUUGACAGGCUAAAGAACGAUCAAAAGUGGACUGAAAUAUUAGAGUUUAUUUAUCUUUUCAUAGGUACACAUUAUGAAACUUUAAGGAAGCAUCAGUCAAACGAUACUGAGAAGCUAGUAAGAAAAUAUCGAUAA